GUUACGUCGCUGCUGAAUGGUAGCGAGCUGAACGAGUCAGCUGCUCUGCACAUUUUUUUUUCUGUCCUGUCCUCCCUGAAGGGGAUUGCUUUCUCUUUUUCUUCUCUCUUCUCUUUUUUCCCCUCAGUGCUUCUCAGCCGUUCGCUGAUGCAGAAGGAGAGCAAGGCAGCAGUAGAGGCAGCAGCAGCAGUAGCAGUAGCAGCAGCAGCAGCAGUGCUUACAUAGAAAAAAACAGCCCUUUUCACUGCCAAUCCAUCCUAGGGAUUCUGCGACCCGACCGCCAGAGCCCUGAGUGCGCAGGAGCUUGAGGAGGAGAGCGGGUACCAAAAAGGGUGGCACAGGCAUCGUGCACCCACCCACCAUGCCAGCAUCCUGUGCCAGUUUACCAGCACCGAUGAAGCGAAGCGUCUGCUCCCCCGAUCUCACCGUCAUAAAGGACGAUGACAUGGAAGAGGGGAUCUUGGAGAAGGAGAGCAAAAGGAGAGCAUCUUUGAAGGACCCAAAGUCGAAACCAGCAAAAAAGAUAGAACCACAAAUUCAGAACAAACCCAGCAAUGCAGCAGCAGAAAAUGCUUUGAAGGUUGACGAAAGGCUGCGCUUGGCCAGGGAACGCCGAGAACAAAAGCAAAGGGAGCUUGCCACUCGUGAGGAGGGCUGGCUGGCGAGGGAGGCGCGUGCCCAGCGCCACUAUGAGAAGCACCUGGAGGAGCGGCGGAGGAGGCUGGAGGAGACGCGCAAGAGGGAGGAGAGGAGGAGGCAGGCCGUGGAGGAGAAGAGGAGGCAGAGGCUGAACGAGGACAGGGUGCGGUACGAAGAGGUGCUGAAGAGGACCAUGGAGAGGAGCCAGAAGGCCAAACAAAGACAGCUCCAGCUGGCCAGGCGGGCAAAACUUAACGCUAGUAAAGCUCCCCGCAGACGCCCUCUGACGGAGUGGGAGAAGGACCUGGUCAGGCGUCUGCAGACUCCCACCAUCUCCCAUCUGGCGCGCAGCAGGAGCGUAGGGGCGGCGGAAACCGACGCAGUAUCAUGUCAGCAGGUGCGUUCCAGUUCCUGCUCCUCUCGUAAGGUGGAGCCCACCACCGCCCCCUGCAGCAGCCCGCAGAAGAAACCAGUAGUUCGACCCCCUCAUCCACGCCCCCUUCCACUACGCCCACAGCUCAAAACCAGCCAGGUAGAACAGAAGGCACAAAAACCAGCAAUUCCUGUGCAGAAUAAAAAAAGACCACAGAAGAAGCCGAAGAAGACGGAGAUUCAGUUUGUUCCUGCGACAGUGAAGACCACCUCACCCAGCUCCCCCAGCCAACCUCCAGACCCCCCACCUGAAAGGGCUGUGAUUCGGACUGUGACCAGACGCCCUGCUCCUCAGCUGGAAGGUCUCCUGCCGCCCCUUCUAGAGGAGGAGUCCGACAGCACCCCCUGCUGCGACACGCCUCCGCUGAGCGAGGAGGAUGCUGUGGGCAUGACAGUGAAUAACGACCCUCAACAUGAACAGAUGGAAGAGGGCAACCUGGACACGCCUCCACCUCCUCUUCCUCCUCCUUCUUGCCAAAAUUCGUGUCCAGCACCAGUUGAUGGUGAUACCAAGAGAGACCACUCUCCUCCAGCAGCUGUGUCUAGCAGCAGCAGCAGCAGCAGCAGCAAGUCCCCAGCCGGCACCAUGGACCCAGAGGAGGCCACGCGCAUGCUGGCAGAGAAGCGCAGGCAGGCCCGGCAGCAGAGGGAUGAGAGAAGGAGGGAGGAGUUCGAGAGACAGGCACAAGAGACGCUUGCCCGUCUGCAGGCGGAAGAGAACGCCCGCCUAGAGGCUGACACCCAGCAGAGACUAGACGAGGAGAGGAAGAAGGAAGAGCUGGAACAAAAACAGAUGGAGGAGGAGAAAAGGAGGGAGGAAGAACAGAAACAAAUUGAGGAAGAACGGCUGAAGAGACAGAAGGAGGAAGAGGAGGCUCGUCAAAAAGAAGAGCUGAAGAAACAACGAGAGCAGCACUUCCAGAAGGAGGAGGAGGAGCGGCAGGAGAGGAAGAAGCGCCUGGAGGAGAUCAUGAAGAGGACCAGGAAAGCAGAGUCUGCCGAGAGGAAAUCUGCACCUGCCAGCGUAGCUGUGACAGAAGCGCCGCCAAAAGAGAACACAGAGCCCAUGGGGAACCAUCGGGAGGACGUGAUCCUGCUGUCUGGGCCCAACCAGACCAAGAAACUGGACCUGGAUCCCCGGGAGGACGUGGUUCCGUCGGUGACUUUCAAAGAGCGUCGUUCCCUGCGCACCCUCACAGGUCUGGAUCACAUACAGACUCAGCAGAGAGCUGAGGUCAUCUGAGCACCUGCACCAGAGGUCUAUGAAAUCCUUUCACAUUGGCCAAGCCACCACGCCACCAAGGAUCGGAUGAUGCAUUUUGAGACCUGCACUUGAAGGACGCACUUCAGAGAUAUUUCCCCCAAUAUCACUUGACAAGACCUCCUGGUCAGCUUUAGACAACUAGUUUGACCCACUUGGUGAACAUAAACUGCCAUUCAAUUCACAAUCUUUUUGUAAAGCCUAGAUGAUAGAUUGCUUUGUAAGAUUUCUUUAUAUACAUCUCACAAUUGAUUUGAAUUUUGUUAUAUUACUGUGCUUGAAACUGUUGACUCUCACCUUUUGGGAUUUUACGUGCAAUGCUGCUAUUUAUGCCUUAUAAGUAUUAGAUUUUUAUGUUAUAUUUCCCCUCAGUGCUGGCUUAAGCUUUACCCAUAACCUUACUGACUUUUAAGUGAGAUUCCUUUCACAUCUUGCUGCUAAUGCAUCUCAGUUAACAGUGUGAGAGAUUUCCACCCAGUCUAUCACCAAAUAUUACCUGUAUCACUGACUGUUGUAUGUGAUAAGUAGGAAUGUUUUUGAUGGUUCCACAAGUUAGCACCAAGCUACCUUCCCAACUAUGUGCCAUGAGUUUAGUUUAUGCAAUACAACCCAGUAUAGCCUAAUAAUAUUGAUAUGCUGACAAGGUAUGUGUACGGUUAUGGAAAAUCUUUUACGAAACUAAAUAAAAACUCUUGAAAACUGA